AUGCCAUUCAGCACCAGCGCACCGGCUGUGGCCGCCGCGGCAGCAGCCGGCAAUGAGAACACGACCAACGACUCGCUGACGUGGAAGCUGCUGCGCGCCACGGGUGCAGUGGGCGGCGCGGUGCUGGGCGUGGCGGCUCUCGCUGACGUGGCACGUGCUGACGAGGCGGAGCACGGACUUCACCCUCCUGCGUACCCGUGGCCUCACGACGGCAUCUUCAGCUCCUACGACCAUGCCUCCAUUCGGCGCGGGCACCAGGUGUACCAGCAGGUGUGCGCGACGUGCCACAGCAUGUCGCUCGUGUCCUACCGCGACCUCAUCGGCGUAGCGUACACGGAGGACGAGGUCAAGGCGCUCGCCGCUGAGGUGGAGGUGGAGGACGGCCCUAACGACGAGGGCGAGAUGUUCCUGCGCCCGGGCAAGCCCUCGGAUAAGCUCCCCAAUCCGUACGCCAAUGAGCAGGCUGCGCGGUUUGCCAAUGGCGGAGCCUACCCGCCGGAUCUCAGCCUGAUCACCAAGGCGCGCCAUGACGGGCAGAACUACGUCUAUGCGCUCCUCACAGGCUACCGCGAACCCCCUGCUGGUAUCUCGGUGCGAGAGGGGCUGCACUACAAUCCGUACUUCCCGGGCGGCGCCAUCGCCAUGCCCAAGAUGCUCAACGACGGCGGUGUGGAGUACGAGGACGGCACACCCGCCACGGAGUCCCAGCAGGCUAAGGACGUUGUUACUUUCCUCGCAUGGGCCGCUGAACCCGAGAUGGACGAACGCAAGCUGAUGGGCGUGAAGUGGAUCUUCAUCAUCUCCCUCGUGUGGCUGCAGGCCAUCUACUACAAGCGGUGGCGCUGGUCGCCCAUCAAGUCCCGCCGGGUCAUUGUUGACGUUGUCAACUGA